UUAUCGCCCUCGGAACGCAGCGCGCGGAAACGGACCUCCGAUCCGCACAACGUAACGCCUGACACCAAACCGUUGAGCGAUGCCAAGUCGGAGCGGAUUUCCACGUAAGCGGGACCAUGCCAGGUCGGCGCCCGUUCUGCGCAGCGGGUCUGUGGUCUCGAGGCCGCCGUCCAGGUUGUGGAUGAAACUCGCGCGAAACGUUGGCGGGGGGUAGGACGGACCGAAGCGCGCCUCGCUGCGAGACUGCGGCUGUCGGACACGACAGGGGGUCGAGCAAAAGGUUCGAGAAAGUUACAAGAGUAUCGCGAAGCAGCAGCAUCAGUGGAUGUGACAGCAGCUCGCUCGCCCGCUCGCCCGUCCGUCCGUAUGGCUUUAUCUGGUGCAUCGCUCCUCGUCGGCGCAUGUGGAAGGAUUCACAGUCCGGGUUUGGAUCCGAAGUCUCUGACCGCUCUGCUCCGUGGAUUCUCGUCCAGAGCUGGGCCUAGAUCGAUUUUUCGAGAAAAUGAAUUUUUGGAUUGAAUAGAUCAGCUUAUUACGCGCAAACAGGAACACGCUUUCGUUGGAGGAUUGAAUUUGCCGGCUGUAGAUGAAGGAACUGCUUGGUUUUCGUGCUUGACUGUUCCUUGUGUGCAUUUUCCCACCCGCUGCGUGGCGAUGUGAAAACGUUCUGCAGGCAAGCAUAAAGCAGGAACUUCCUUCUAGGGGCCGUUUCUUUCAGGAGUGUAAGCCACUCCCGCUAAGAGUUUUUUGCUCGGCAGCUGCUAAGGAAGGACCCUUGAAGCAAUCUAAAAUGGUGGAGAAAACUGCCCAAGGUACGAUCGUAGAGCAUGUCGUUCUUUUUAAGAUCAAGGACGAUGUUCCAGCUGAGAAAACCGAAGAAGUAUAUGAAGCUUUAAGAGGUUUGAAAAAUCUUGACUGUGUUCAAGACCUCAGCGCCGGAAAGGCUUUGCAGAUUUUGGGUGGUGACUUCACCCAUGCUUUACACUCAAGGCACGCAACAAAAGACGACCUUAAAACAUACGCCACGCACCCCGAGCAUCUGGCAAUAGUGAAGGUCUUACUCCCGAUGAUGGAUGACAUCCUGGCUUUGGAUUGGGUAGCUGAGCCAGUGGGUUCACCCGUAGAUGGAGGUCACGGAGCAGCUCGCAUUGCCCUCAUUAAGUUAGCAGAUGCUAUCACAGAAUCUGAGAGCUCAGAAGUUUUCGAGUUACUUUAUGGGCUACGAGACAAGUUCCCCUUUAUCAGACAAGUGAGCGCAGGUCUGAACUUCUCGCCAAAUCGAAGCAAAGGUCUGAAUGUUGGGUUCCUAGCCCUUUUUAAUAAUGUAGAGGAGCUUGAGCAGCUGAAUGGAAACCGCGAACUUCACUCCGUCCUACAGAAGAGCAAGGUUGCACCUUCUCUUGACAGGUUCAUAGUGGUGGAUAUUGGCUCAAAGUAGGUUCCCGGUACCAAGUCUUAGGCUUUCCUGGAUCUGUGUGGCACAUUUUGUCAUUUUGUCACGAACACUGCAUUUUUGCCUUCUUAAGAGAAAUUCCUGAUAUAUAGUUUUUGUCCACAAACCUUAGAGUAGAAACUGGAGCUUGGCUCGAAGCCUCUAGGAACAGAUUACAUGGUGCUGAAUAUUUCAGCGAAGUAUUCUGUCAUACGAUGUAUACUAUUGAGAAUUACAGGUGUUAGGAUUCGUAUUCUUCUUCUGCUGUCAAACUUUAAUAAAACACUGUCAAUCCUUUAUAGUACUGUGCACGGCCUGGUUACCCACCUCUUGUGCUAUGAGGAUGACUUUGUCUUUC